AUGAAACGCUGGAAAUCGUCUGUUGAAACAAAGUAUUUGGUCCUGAAAACAAACAUAUACGUAGUGUGCAAGGAAUUAUAUGAAAGCAGCGCACCAAGUGAUAAAAUUCCUGAAAGAAGACACAACAAUCUAUUUACAGUAAAUGUCAGUGAUGGAAAGAUUCCGAAAGCUCUCUAUAAAACGAUAAGGGAAAAGAUUUUGCCUUAUAACAAGUUGUUUUAUUUCUUUGCCAGGUUGUUUUUCGCUUUCAAUUUCUUUCUUCUUGUACUUGUUAUGAUGUUACUAGCCCAGGAAUCCAACAUCUCAGGACCUGCACAGAUAAUGAGCACAAUUGUAGUGAGCACAUUCCCGUUCAUUUUCGACGCAAUUUGGACCGAAGAUACAUUUGAACAAAAAUAUGUAAAUGACAAAGAACAACAACAAAAGAUACGCAACUUGAUAAAAUUAGAAGAGCAUGAGAUAACGGUUGGCAUUAAAAAAGAUGAAGAACACAUGGCUAUUAGAAAUUUCAGCGACUUUUGUAGCUUGAUGAUGAAAGGCACUAAAAAUAGAAAGCUUCAGGAAGGAAGAUAUCAGGGGGAGUCAAGUGAAAAUCAACCGUUGUUGACGAAUGAAACUCGUAUAUUAUUUGAAACAA